GAUAAAGUGAAAGUAUAAACUCGAAGUUCUUUUUUACUUUAGCAAACAGUUUAUAUACCGUGCCUAGAACAGUUGAUAACUUAAUUUAUUUUCGAUUAAAAAAUGGAUCAAGAUUACAUCAAAAAAUGUUCUGAACCACCUCCUUAUAACCAAUCUACAACAAUGCCUGUGCAGCAACAAUUAGAUUUUAGAAAUACACCUCAAUAUCAAAACAGCAAUCAACCCCAGCAAUUUUACACUUCAGCUACUUUAACUGGAAAUCUACCUUACGCAAAUUCUUUUCCAACAACCGGCUAUGUAAUUCAACAACCUGUGGCAAUUGAUGUUAGACAAGUUCCAAGUAAUUAUAGUGUAGCCGCGUGGUUAACAUGUUUAUUCUGCUGUUGGCCUCUAGGACUUGUGUCAAUUAUUAAAUCUAACGAGGUCAACACAGCUAUUUUGUUAGGUGACCUUCCAAGGGCACAACUUGCUUCUCAAUCUGCUCGAAUGUUUGCUAUUGCAUCUUUGCUUUGUGGAAUUGGAAUCUUAAUUACAUUGAUAAUUUUAGUAGUUGGGGUUUAAAGCUUAUCUCACUCUUAUUGUUUUGUAAUUUUUAAAUUACUAAAAGAUAGGUUUAAUGCUGUGCAAA